GGAAUAAAAAAGAGUAUAAACCAGAUGACAAAUCAUGGAUAACUCGUACAUGGUAAGCAAUCAUGGUAUAGUCGAAUCACGAGCUUGAGCUUGUGUAUGUCACUCACCUUAGGUCCUUCGGACAUAGGUUCAAUCAUCCAGUCAAUUAAUUUACGCAUGGUCUACUAUCACGUCUGUCUACUAUCACAUCUGUCUACUAUCACGUCUGUCUACUAUCACGUCUGUCUACUAUCACGUCCACGUCCACGUCCACGUCUACUAUCAUGUCCAUGUCAGGUUUCUUUUUCUUAUCGGCAUUGAUGAUGAUCUUAACAAUACCCUAUACCGAUACGGGACCCCCAGCCAGAGGUGUGUUGACACCAGA